AUGCAUGGAUGCAAGCACAAAUCGGAAAUGGAUCAUUGUCAGCAUAUUGUCAGUGGCAGUAGCUUAAAUUGUCAGCAUAUUGUGAGCCCUGUUGCCGAGGAAUAUUGGCAGCACGUUGCACACCUCCCGUUCUACAGCAAGCUCGAGCUUCGUGAGGAGGACUGGGGCAGCACCGUUCCCAUCACUUGGCACACCGAUGGAGUUCGCAUAUACAAAUCUCAGAAGGCCUGGGUGUACAGCUUCGCCCCUGCUGUGCGCAAGGGCCGCUCGUUGGACACCAAGAUGCUGACACUCCUUUUCAGGGAGCACGACAUGACGAAGCCUGGCACCCACGACGACGUGGGCCUUUUCAUCGCAUGGUGCAUGGAAGUCCUUCGAUCUGGUUUAUAUCCCUCAACCGACAUGAAUGGCAAACCCUGGCCCCGGCAAAGCCGCGAGGCGAAGAUGGCUGGCAAGCAAUUCGCCGGCGGCUGGAAGUGCGCGUUUGCUGCAUUCAAAGCUGAUCUUGAGGCACGAGUGCUCGUGCACAAACUCGUGCGAAACUGGAGCAGCUACUCAAUUUGCGAGCACUGCCUGGCAUCAAGGAAGCCGGGGUCCCCCUUCACGUUUGGUGAUUUCACCGAGAACGCGCUCUAUUUGGAGCACUUCUUCACCCACAGCGAGUUUUUGAUCCUGAACCCACCAGACAAGCAGUCUUCGUGGGUGCAUGUGCGAGGAUGGGACAAAGACCGGAACCUGGAUGAGCCUGGGCCUUCUAGGGACAUGCUACAUGUUGUCCAUCAAGGUGUUGGGCAACAUGCUGUAGCAUCUCUUAUUUCCCACCACUACGAGGACUUGUUUCGAGGAUCUCUGACGUUGGGUGUUCUGGAGCGCCUUCUUCAAACUGAUGCUUGGCCCCACUACAAGUCUUGGUGCCGAGACCACAAAGAGAUGGCAUCGAGUUCCAUGCCCUUUAACCUUCCUCGUUUCAAUCGCGAAAGCUGGAAGAGUUAUCCCGAAUUGGGCUCGUGCUAUAAAGCCGCGUGUGUGAAGACCUUCAUUUUUUGGUGCGCAGCUUUCCUACGUGAAAACAUGGACUGCAAGGAUCCUUCGAGCUGCCUGCGCGCGGACGCGGCAUACAGCUUGGCUCAUUUUCAACACCUACAAGACCUUCACGGAGCUUGGCUUACCAGCGAUGUCGCCGAAGCAAUGUCAGCAGCUGGACGGAACUUCUUGAUCCUUUACCAGGCCCUUGCUUGUCAAAGUCGACAUGCCGGCCAACACCUUUACCACAUCGUCCCGAAGUUUCAUUGUUUGCUUCAUCUUGUUCUCAGGUUGCCGAUCGAGAAACGGAACCCUGCUUUCGACCACCUCUACCAAGAGGAAGACUACAUGAAAGAGAUUGGGAAAAUCGCCAGCAGGACACACGCAAGAACAAUGGACACCGUGACGUUGCUGCGGUCGGCGGUAAAGCUGGGGGCAGUACCAAGUGAGUCGGUCUGGGUGAUGAUCUUCACAGUGGAUGACGCCGACAGGUACGUUGUUUUGUAUGCUUUUGACCUGAUGUAUGUUCAAGUACUGGUGUGCACAUUGCUGAUGGCACUGUAUUUGUUGCUUGACAAAAGUUUUGAUGCGCUGUGA